AUGGAGGCGGAGACGGAUGUGGUCCCGUCGGUCGAGACGACUAUUGCUAAUAAUGAAGAUGCUGCACACCCCAAGCCGGCUCUUACGCCGCCCACGAGCGAGGACAUGGAUAAGAGGGAAAGGCUGUCGUCGGAGCUCUCUGAGCUGGAGAGCGACGAUGAUGACGAAGAAAUCGAACCCGAUCACUAUUUUGAAGGAGGGAAAGUACCUGUAUUCAAGCCAACAAUGGACCAAUUUCGUAGUUUCAAGAAAUUUGUCGACAAGAUUGACAAGUAUGGUAUGAAGUCGGGAAUAGUCAAGAUUAUUCCCCCCAAGGAAUGGCGCGACGCCCUCCCCGACCUCAGCGAAGCAGUUAAGACGAUCAAAGUCAAGAAUCCCAUCACCCAGGAGUUCGCCGGGCAGCAUGGCAUAUAUACUCAAGCGAAUAUCGAGAAGCAGCGAUCAUACAACCUGCCUGAGUGGAAAUCGUUGACUCUUGAGUCGCAUCACCAGCCUCCAGCGAAGCGGGGGGAGCGACGGAGGGCUGCCGUCGAAGCUCCAGAACGAACGCGUUCUACCCGCGUCCAAGCAUCCACACAGCCUGUGAACACAGACAGGACACCUACACCAAGGCGCGGACCGGGUCGGCCCCGAAGGCGCCCGCUCAAGAAGGAGACUAAAGAUGAUGACAAGGCUGACGAGGAACCCGUUGACGUACCGCCCACACCCACGUCGCCCGGAAGAGAAGAGGAGAAGAAAACAUUAACGAGAAAAAUAAAGAAAGAAGAGCAAGACACUGCUGCACCAGCCAAGCCACGAGGUCGUCAACCUAGGUCAACUGCGUCUCGUAGGGUGAACAACAGGACUGAAACCACAAAUUGGGUGGAUGAAGAAGCUUUUAAGGACUUCAAUUAUCACCUCGAGAAUGUCGAAGAAUACACUGUUGAGAGGUGCAAGGAACUCGAGGAGAAUUAUUGGAGAACCAUCAACUAUGGGCAGCCGAUGUAUGGAGCCGAUAUGCCUGGUUCCCUUUUUGAUGACCGGACAACCAGUUGGAACGUCGCAAAGCUGGAAAACCUUCUUGAUGUGCUCGGCACUAAGGUCCCAGGCGUCAACACCGCAUAUCUCUAUCUAGGCAUGUGGAAAGCUACCUUCGCUUGGCAUCUCGAAGACGUCGAUCUCUAUAGUAUCAACUAUAUUCAUUUCGGCGCCCCGAAGCAAUGGUACAGUAUCUCACAAGAGGAUGCGAGACGCUUUGAAGCGGCUAUGAAGAGCAUCUGGCCACGCGAAGCAAAGAACUGCUCCCAGUUCCUCCGACACAAGACGUUUCUUAUCUCGCCUAGCCAGCUCGAGAAGCAGUUCAACAUUAAGGUCAACCGUUUAGUUCACUACGAAGGCGAAUUUGUUAUCACCUACCCCUACGGCUACCAUUCCGGUUACAACAUUGGUUACAACUGUGCUGAGUCCGUCAACUUCGCAAAUGACGCUUGGUUGAACUAUGGGCGCAUUGCUAAAAAAUGCGAAUGCGAAUCCGACAGCGUCUGGGUAGAUGUGAACGAAAUUGAACGCAAACUGCGAGGUGAACCGACUCCGGAGUACUACGAGGAGACAGAUUCGGAAGGAGAAGACGAUGGUGCGGAUCAUCUGCCAAGUCCUCCCCCAAGUGUUAAAGGGAAGGCAAGAGGAAAGGGUCGCAAGCCCGCGAACAACAAACGGAAGAGGGGAGAAGAAGAGCUAGCCAAACCAAAGAAGCGCAUCCGAAUCCGCCUCAAGGUGCCAGGCAAGGAAAUGCCUUGUAUCCUAUGCCCCAACGAUGUCGAGUUUGACGACCUCCUCCCAACCGAUAAUGGCCUUAAAGCACAUCGUCUAUGUGGCGAUUACACACCGGAAACCUAUGUGUCAUCUUCGCCCUCAGAGAGGGUGUGUAAUGUUGGUGGUAUUGGUAGAGAUCGCCUUGAGCUCAAAUGCAAUUACUGUCGCUCGAAACGUGGAGCUGUCUUCCAGUGCUCUUCUAAGAAGUGUACGAGGGCGUUCCACGCCACUUGCGCUUUCGCCGCUGGUGUCCAAGUCGACUACGGUCCGAUGCAGACCUUUGGCGACGAGGGAGUGGAAUAUGUCUACGACGGAUACGACUUCCGCUGCCGAUGGCAUCGACCCAAGAAGAGGCAUGCUAAAACUGUAGAUGGUGAGACUCUAGAGAAGGACAAGUUCAUCUUCAGAUAUGCGAAGAGUCUUCAGCCAAAGGAUGUCGUGCAAUUUCAGUACCUUGGGACAGAUCAAGUUUAUGGAGGCGUGGUUGUCGAAAACAGGCCUGGUGAAUGGACAGUCCUUGUUGAUGUACUUCCUGAUGGCGACCGUGUGGAGCUUGAGUGGAAAUAUCUCCUUGCUCUGGAUCCGACUGAAUCACAACGGCCGAAGCCAUCUGCAAAUGCACAACCUCUUCCAGAACAUAUCAAAGACAAUGAUUCGUCACUGAGCAUUACUAACCGCACUGAUGGUGUUCCAGCAAUGGGCGAUUCAUUCCUCGACCCCAACUCGACGUUGAAGUGGGCCGAGUUCAACACUGCUCCGGAAGUUGCUCGGCAACUCACCAGGGUCGACUUCAGCAAGGAGAACCAGCUCUGGUAUUAUCUCGGAAAGACUUCGACCGAAGCAAGGCCACAGUAUACCGACGAUCCUACAAACCCGAAACACAAUCUCAAGGCCAAUUUCCUAGAUACCGUCAAGCCUGCAUCGAUGCCAAUGGGUCCAAUCGAGCGCCGCUCAUAUCCAGCGUCGUUUCCUAUCAAACCAUCUCCAGCCCCCACUCCCCGAACGCCUGUGCAGCCGUAUAUUCGACCCGCUGAAAAGCCCUACCAGUACAAACCAAGGGUUGAGACGGCGACUUAUAAGUCACCGGUGUACAACUACUCACCGGAUAGUCGGAAGAAUCCUAAUUCACCCGUGGCACAUCAGCCAAAUGUGGUAUACGAUCACCGGGCAACGGCCCCUCAAUAUGGAUAUCCGUCGUCUACUAACGGCUGCCAUCGUCCGUCGCAAAGCUACAACAACCAUUAUGCGCAGGCGCCGUCAAGUUCCUCCAGCUGGGAACAACCUUCAACGGCAGGACCCCUAUUGAAUGGAAUCGACCAGUACGUCCGGACAAGCCAGCCUUUACCACCAUAUCCAUACCACCAGACAGCUACUCCAAGUAGAUCCGCCCAAUUACCCUUGUUCCCGUAUAACCACCCUCCAAAUUUGCGUCCAGCAUAUAGCUCACCUGCACAGCACACGUCCGUGUCACAGUCACCAGCCUCACCACGCAGUGCCGCACCAAUUUCAGGAAUGCUGAGCAGCACAGCAGGAACUGCCAAAUCUCCAAUGUACGCGAAUGCACCCUCCUCCUCCUCUUCUUCUUCUUCAUCUUUUACUGCACAAUCUCCCCAGUCUCAAGCAGAUUACCUUGCCUACAUUACCAAAUAUCCUUACCUGAAGAACGCAUUUUUAAGGAGGGCAAAGACUUACGUUUCUCCUUACAGCCCCGAUGGCGGGUUCACGCCGGAAUGGACACCCAAACCUGUGAAUGGCAAUACGAAUACCGCGACUAGUGGACCACAGUCAUCCCAUAGACCCACCCAGGGCUUGAGGUUGAGCUUUAGUAGCGAAAUUCCAUCACUCCCAACGCCGAGGCCGAUGCCACAGUUCCAAACACCGGAUGCCUUCCAACGGGAUGUUGCCAGAGCACCGCCCCAAUCCAUAGGACUUACCAAGUGGGAGCAGAUGGUGAAGCAGUUGGCCUCGACAGGAUCACAGACUCCCAGCACUACUACAAUAUCCGCUAGUCCACUACUGCAAGCGCCACAGCUUCCUCGACCACCAAAUAUGCCUCAUGAGCUGUCUACGGGAAACACACCAAUGCCUAAACAAAGCUCACUUGCAGCUGCACCAACCAUUGAAUCGAAGUCAGCGCCUCCUAUGCCGAGCGAACCGCAAAGACCGAUCCCCAGUCCACUAAGUGAUGCGACAAAUAGCCCAAAGAGACCAGAGUAUAGCCCCAUUAGCGAUGAUGGGACAGGGCCGGUGCCUAGGCCGGCUUUGCCAUCUCUACCUCAGAUUCACUCUGCAGAAACAUGGAGGUACUCCUAA